CAUUUUCUUCGGCUGGAGGGGUGCGAGCGGCGCUCGGGGGGAGGGGUCUCCUGGUGUUUCUUCAGAGCCUGCCACCCCGCCGUAGCUGCUCCAGGGGGAGACCCUCUUCCCGGCCAGGGGCGCGAAGCCAUGUACAUAAAGCAGGUGAUUAUCCAGGGUUUUCGAAGUUACAGAGAUCAAACAAUUGUAGAUCCUUUCAGUUCAAAGCAUAAUGUUAUCGUGGGAAGAAAUGGAUCUGGAAAAAGUAACUUUUUUUAUGCAAUACAAUUCGUUCUCAGUGAUGAAUUCAGUCAUCUUCGCCCAGAACAGCGUUUGGCUUUGUUACAUGAGGGUACUGGUCCUCGGGUUAUUUCUGCUUUUGUGGAAAUUAUUUUUGACAAUUCAGACAAUCGGUUACCAAUUGAUAAAGAGGAAGUUUCACUUCGAAGAGUUAUUGGUGCCAAAAAAGAUCAGUAUUUCUUAGAUAAGAAGAUGGUCACAAAAAAUGAUGUGAUGAACCUCCUUGAAAGUGCUGGCUUUUCUCGGAGCAAUCCUUAUUAUAUUGUUAAACAAGGAAAGAUCAAUCAAAUGGCAACAGCCCCAGAUUCUCAGAGACUAAAGUUAUUAAGAGAAGUAGCUGGUACUAGAGUAUAUGAUGAACGAAAAGAAGAAAGCAUCUCUUUAAUGAAGGAAACAGAGGGCAAGCGUGAAAAGAUCAAUGAGUUGUUAAAAUACAUUGAAGAGAGAUUACAUACUUUAGAGGAAGAAAAGGAAGAGCUAGCUCAAUAUCAGAAGUGGGAUAAGAUGAGAAGAGCCCUAGAAUAUACCAUUUAUAAUCAGGAACUUAAUGAGACUCGUGCUAAACUUGAUGAGCUUUCUGCUAAGCGAGAAACUAGUGGAGAAAAAUCUAGACAACUAAGAGAUGCCCAGCAAGAUGCAAGAGAUAAGAUGGAGGAUAUUGAGCGGCAAGUUAGAGAAUUGAAAACGAAGAUUUCAGCAAUGAAAGAAGAAAAAGAACAGCUCAGUGCUGAAAGACAAGAGCAAAUUAAGCAGAGGACCAAAUUGGAGCUUAAAGCCAAGGAUUUACAAGAUGAAUUAGCAGGCAAUAGUGAACAAAGGAAACGUUUAUUAAAAGAGAGGCAAAAAUUGCUUGAAAAAAUAGAAGAAAAGCAGAAAGAACUGGCAGAAACGGAACCUAAAUUCAACAGUGUAAAAGAAAAAGAAGAGCGAGGAAUUGCUAGAUUGGCUCAAGCUACCCAAGAAAGAACAGAUCUUUAUGCAAAGCAGGGUCGUGGAAGCCAGUUUACAUCAAAAGAAGACAGAGAUAAAUGGAUUAAAAAAGAACUCAAGUCUUUAGAUCAGGCUAUAAAUGACAAGAAAAGACAGAUUGCAGCUAUACAUAAGGAUUUGGAGGACACAGAGGCAAACAAGGAGAAAAAUCUGGAGCAAUAUAACAAACUGGAUCAGGAUCUUAAUGAAGUCAAAGCACGAGUAGAAGAACUGGACAGAAAAUAUUACGAAGUAAAAAAUAAGAAAGAUGAAUUACAAAGUGAAAGAAACUACCUGUGGAGAGAGGAGAAUGCAGAACAACAAGCGCUUGCUGCUAAAAGAGAAGAUCUUGAAAAGAAGCAGCAACUUCUUAGAGCCGCGACGGGGAAGGCCAUUUUAAAUGGAAUAGACAGCAUAAACAAAGUGCUAGACCACUUUCGUCGAAAAGGAAUAAACCAGCAUGUUCAAAAUGGCUAUCAUGGCAUUGUGAUGAAUAACUUUGAAUGUGAGCCAGCCUUCUACACAUGUGUGGAAGUCACUGCAGGGAACAGGUUAUUUUAUCACAUUGUUGAUUCAGAUGAAGUCAGCACAAAGAUUUUAAUGGAGUUUAAUAAAAUGAAUCUUCCUGGAGAAGUCACUUUUCUGCCUCUUAACAAGUUAGAUGUCAGGGACACGGCCUAUCCUGAAACAAAUGUGAGUGACCAAGUCAGUCAUCGGGGUGCUCUUACUGGAGGUUAUUAUGACACAAGAAAGUCUCGACUUGAAUUACAAAAAGAUGUUAGAAAAGCAGAAGAAGAACUUGGGGAGCUUGAAGCAAAGCUUAACGAAAAUUUGCGCAGAAAUAUUGAAAGGAUUAAUAAUGAAAUCGAUCAGUUGAUGAACCAAAUGCAGCAGAUUGAGACACAGCAGAGGAAAUUUAAAGCAUCCAGAGAUAGCAUAUUAUCAGAAAUGAAGAUGCUGAAAGAGAAGAGACAGCAAUCUGAGAAAACCUUUAUGCCUAAGCAACGAAGCUUACAAAGUUUAGAGGCAAGUUUGCACGCUAUGGAGUCCACCAGAGAAUCAUUGAAAGCAGAGCUGGGAACUGAUUUGUUGUCUCAACUUAGUCUGGAAGAUCAGAAAAGAGUAGAUGCACUGAAUGAUGAAAUUCGUCAACUGCAGCAGGAAAACAGGCAGUUGCUAAAUGAAAGAAUUAAAUUGGAAGGUAUUAUUACUCGAGUAGAAACUUACCUCAAUGAGAAUCUCAGAAAACGCCUGGACCAAGUAGAACAGGAAUUGAAUGAACUAAGAGAGACAGAAGGGGGUACUGUUCUCACUGCCACAACAUCAGAACUUGAAGCCAUUAAUAAAAGAGUAAAAGACACUAUGGCACGAUCAGAAGACUUGGACAAUUCCAUUGAUAAAACAGAAGCUGGAAUUAAGGAGCUUCAGAAGAGUAUGGAGCGUUGGAAAAAUAUGGAAAAAGAACACAUGGAUGCUAUAAAUCAUGAUACAAAAGAAUUAGAAAAGAUGACAAAUCGGCAAGGCAUGCUACUGAAGAAGAAAGAAGAAUGUAUGAAGAAAAUCCGAGAACUUGGAUCACUUCCCCAGGAAGCGUUUGAAAAAUACCAGACACUGAGCCUCAAACAGUUGUUUCGAAAACUUGAACAGUGCAACACAGAAUUAAAGAAGUACAGCCAUGUUAACAAAAAAGCUCUGGAUCAGUUUGUAAAUUUCUCUGAGCAGAAGGAAAAGUUAAUAAAACGACAAGAAGAGCUUGAUAGGGGUUACAAAUCCAUCAUGGAACUGAUGAAUGUACUUGAGCUUCGAAAAUAUGAAGCUAUUCAGUUAACUUUCAAACAGGUGUCCAAGAACUUCAGUGAAGUAUUCCAGAAGUUGGUACCUGGCGGCAAAGCUACUUUGGUGAUGAAGAAAGGAGAUGUGGAGGGCAGUCAGUCUCAGGAUGAAGGAGAAGGAAGUGGUGAAAGUGAGAGGGGUUCUGGGUCGCAGAGCAGUGUCCCAUCAGUUGACCAAUUCACUGGAGUUGGAAUUAGGGUGUCAUUUACAGGAAAACAAGGUGAGAUGAGAGAAAUGCAACAGCUUUCAGGUGGGCAGAAAUCCUUGGUGGCUCUUGCUCUGAUAUUUGCGAUUCAGAAGUGUGAUCCAGCCCCUUUUUACUUGUUUGAUGAGAUUGAUCAAGCUCUGGACGCUCAACACAGAAAGGCUGUAUCAGAUAUGAUCAUGGAACUUGCUGUACACGCUCAGUUUAUUACAACUACCUUUAGGCCUGAACUGCUUGAGUCAGCUGACAAAUUCUAUGGUGUAAAGUUCAGAAAUAAGGUGAGCCACAUCGACGUGAUUACAGCGGAGAUGGCCAAGGACUUCGUGGAGGACGACACCACGCAUGGCUGAGCACACCUACCAUUCGGGAGACUUAUACGGGGGUGCGGCUCUUAGACCAGGAAACACAGGGGCUGUAAAUUUAAGCCUAGAUUUUCGGACUUUGGAGUAUACGUAAUCCUUUUCUAGUUCUGUCUUUGUAUUUUGUAUUCUGUGUAAUAUUUCUACUUAUAGUUUUAAAAUUUUAUUUCUCACAGUGUUUUGUAAAGUGUCCUUCUUUAAAUCCUUUGAAACAUUCUAAAUAUUCUUCCUUAAUUUUAUCAGUUAUAUUGCCUCUUUUUGUAUAGCUUCAAUUAAAUAAUGGAUUUUAUGACA